AUGACCACCCCCCUCCCCCUCGCCGGCAAAGUCGCCCUCAUCACCGGCGGCUCCAAAGGCAUCGGCCGCGCCACGGCCCUCGCCCUCUCCAAGCUCGGCGCCUCCGUCGCCAUCAACUACGGCCGCGACACCGCCGCCGCCACCGCUCUCGUCUCCGACCUCGGCGGCCCCACCAAAGCCCACGCCAUCCAAGCCGACGCCGGCUCCCUCCCCGGCAUCUCUUCCCUCGUGGAGCAAACCGUCACGCACUUCCAACACAUCGACAUCCUCAUCCCCAACGCGGGCGUGCUGUCGCUCAAAACCAUCGAAACCACCACCGAAUCCGACUUCGACGCCAGCUUCGCCCUCAACGUCAAGGGGCCCUACUUCUUGAUCCAACAGGCCGUGCCGCACAUGCGCUCCGGCGGCGCCGUCGUCCUCAUCUCCACGAGCCAGUGCCACGCGUCCACCGUCUCGGCGCCGUACACGCUGUACUGCGCCACCAAGGGCGCCGUGGAGCAGAUGACGCGCACGGUCGCGAAAGAUCUGGCAAGCCGGGGCAUUAAUGUGAAUUGUGUGGCGCCGGGCCCCACGGGGACGGAGCUGUUUUACGAGGGGAAGAGUGAGGCGGCGUUGAAGGCGAUUGCGGCGUUGAAUCCGAAGAAUCGCAUCGGGAGGCCGGAGGAGGUGGCCGAAGCGAUUGCGUGGUUGGCGUCGCCCGGCGCGGGGUGGGUGACGGGGCAGGUGGUGAGGGCGAAUGGCGGGCAUGUUUGA